AUGGCAGCCCCGCAGCUGCGGGGCUUUGCCCUACCGGGCGGAUUCCCAGCGAUGCGGCCAGCUUUUGCGCUGCCUGGUGCCCCCGUGCGGCUCAGGCGACCCAGGCGAGCGGCCGUGCCGCCCGCCAGCAUCACGGCGCGCAGCGGCGGGCGGCGGGAGGAGCGCACCGCCGCCGCCUACACCCCGCCGCCAGCCCCGCCGCCACCUGCGGCCGCGUCGGAGCCUGCAGACGCCGGCAGCGGCUGGCGCACCUUCUGGACGGCGGUGGACACCUCGGCCUGGCUGGGCACUGUGGGCACAGCGGUAGCCUUCAUCCUGACUCAGGAAGCCAUGUUGGCGGCCGCCCCCGUGGUUCUGCCGCUGCUGGCCCUCUACGCCAGCCGCCAGCGCGAGCGGCUGGCCGUGGCGGCGCAGCAGCAGGCGCAGCUGCGCCGCCUGGAGCUGCUGCUGCUGGAGCUGCAGGUAGAGACGGCUGACGAGGUGGCGGCGGAGGUGGGUGCUGAGGUGCAAGAGCUGCUGGCGCAGGUGCAGCGGCAGCGCGCGGCAGACGGCGGCGCCAGCUCGGCAGAGACGGCCAAGCUGCUGCGCGGGGUGGAGGCCAAGCUGGCGGCCGUGGAGGGCUCGGUGGUGGGCACAGGUGCCGCCACGCGCGAAGCGCUGCAGGCGAGCGCAGAGCAGCAGGGGCAGGUGGCCGACAGUGUGAUGCGGCGGCUGCAGGACCUGGGCACCGCGCUGAGGCGGGACGUCUACGGCGCCCUGCAGGCGGCCGGUGGCGAGGAGCAGCGGUCGCUGGCGCGCAUCGAGGCUCAGCUGGCGGCUCUGGAGGGGGCGGUGGGCGGGCUGCAGGCGGCGCAGAGCGAGGGCCUCAUGCGGCUCAGCAGCGGGCUGCAGGCGGCGAUGCUUGACGCGGAGGGGGCGCUGCAGGCGGCGGUACGGGAGGAGGCGUACCGCUCACUGGACCCGCUGCGCCGCCUGCCGGAGCUGCUCAAGAGCGCGGUACCGGUCACGCCCGAGGUACUGGCGCCGCUGGAUGGAUCCCUGCCGUCCCUGAGCGAGGAGGGGCUGCGGCAGGUGGUGGGCGAGGCGCUGGCGGGCGCCACCCGCGACAUCCUGGACCAGCAGGCGGCGCUGCUGGAGGAGCUGGCGGGGACGCCGCAGGCCAUCGCGCCGCAGCAGUGGAACCAGCUGGGCGUCCGCCUGGCCUCCCUGCAGGAGCAGCUGCACGAGCUGGCCGCGCUGCAGGCGGCGGCGGCGGCGCCCGGGGCAGGUGGCGGCGGCGAGGGCGCCGCCGGCGAGGGCAGCGGGGCGGCGGCGGCGGCGGCCACGGCUGAGGUGGCGGCGGUGGCUGCUGAGCUGGCGGGCCUCCGCUCAGAGCUGGGCUCCCUCACCUCUUCAGUGCAGCAGCUGCUGGAGGCGCAACGGCUGGGCGGCGGCGGCGGCGCCGCCGCCUCUGCUGGCGGCAGUGUCGGUGCUGCGGUCGGCCUGCCGCCGGGUGCGCUGGCGGGCGUGGCGGCGGCGGUACAGGCGGUACAGGACCAGGUUGUACUGCUGAGGCAGGACCUGGACGGCGACGACCCGCGGUACGCCUCCUUUGUGGCGCUGGAGCAGCAGCUGGAAGCUGCCCUGGAAGCCAUGUUUGAUUUCCUGCGGGACGCGCCACCUGGCGCGGCCAGCGCGGCCGCGGCGGUACCGGCGGCAGCCGCCGGAGGCGGCGCCGCCUCGCCCGCGGCAGCAGCCGCCCUGGAGCAGUCGCUGGCGGCGCUGGGCGCCCGGCUGGACGGCAUGGGGCAGCAGCUGGAGUCGCUGCAGGCGGGCAUGGCGGCGGUGGCGGCGGCCCCCACCCCCAGCCCCGCCGCUGGCUCGGCAGUCGACCCGGCGGCGCAACAACAAGAGGAGGAGCAGAAGGAGCGGCAGGAGGAGGGCGCAGAUGCAGCGGCCGAUGCUGGUGCAGAGCCAGCGGGGCAGGAGGGCAAGGAGGCGGCGUACCGCCGCAUGCAGCUGCUGCUGCAGCAGCAGAGCGAGCGGCGGCCAGACGGCGAGGACGCCGGCGCCCCCGCCUCCAGCGGCAAAGCGUUUGCAGAGUGGCUGUCGGGCCACCGGGAGAACGGCGCCCUGCCAGCCGCCACGGCUAGCGCCAGCAGCAACGGCAGCGCCGCUGCGCUGGCUGCAGCCCCUCCCGGCGCAGCUCCUGGCGCCGCCGGCCCCAUGCCCAGCGGUAACGGCAGCGGUGGCGGCGGCGGCGGCGUGCAGGGGCAGAUCGAAUUUGCUGCGGCCGUGGGGCUGACAGUGGAAGAGGAGCUGAUUGCGGUGGCAGCUGCCUCAUAUGAUGCAGCUUUCGAGGAUGGCCAGCCCGCCUCCGCCAGGUGGCAGGGCGAGGAGCAGGCAGCGGCGGCAGAGGUGCCAUACACAGGCGCAAAGGCGCCAAAUGCAGCUUACAGCGAGCAGCGGCAGGAGCAGGACGCGCAGCAGCAGGACGUGCAGCAGCAGCAGUGGCAGCAGCAGCUUGCGACGCCGCCGCCGCAGGCCGAGGAGCCGGCGCAGCAGCAGCAGGAGGCGCCGCCGCAGGCGACAGCCGAGCAGCUGUACGAGCGCGGCGUGCAGCGGCUGCGGGAGGGGCGCGCCCUGGCCGCCACGCCAGGCGCCGACCUGGGCCUGGCUGACUCGGCGCUGUGGGAGGCCGCGGACUGUUUCGAGCAGCUGCUUGCGCAGCACGACCCCGCCAACCUCCGCGCCCGAGGCAACUACGGCAACGCGCUGCUGUCGCACGGGCGGCUGAAGAAGCAGAUGCUGGACGCGCUGGCGGCCUCGGCGCCUGCCGACCAGGCGCAGGCGGCGGCGCUGGCGGCGGCGGCGCAGCGGCUGGCGGGGGAGGCGCUGGAGCUGCUGCUGCUGGCGGGGCGGCAGUACAAGGCGGUGCUGGAGGCCGACCCCUCCCAGGCCAAGGCCUUCAUCAACUGGGGGCGGGUGGUGGGGCUGAGGGCAGACAUGGCGCGUGCAGCAGGCGAUGCCGCCGAGGCGGGCCGCCUCUUUGGCCUGGCCGCCGACAAGUUUGAUGCGGCGCUGGACCUGGAGCCGCAGAACGUGCAGGCGCUGCGGCUGGGGGGCCAGGCGGUGCUGGACGCCGCGCUGUGCACGCUGGGCAGCGACCUGCGGGAGGCGCGCGCGCUGCUCAAGGAUGCGGGCAGCUACCUGGAAGCUGCGCUGGCGCUGGACCCGCAGGACGGGGAGUCGGUGGCGGCGCUAGAGCGCGUGGUUCUGCGCGGCGCGAGCCUGCGUCGGGGCCAGGCGCGGCUGGAGAGCAGCGAGGAUAAGUGUGUAAUUGAGAUGCCUGCAAGCCAGGCCGCCACGGUGGCCUUCCUGGCGGGCGUUUAUGCUGGGCCCACCGGCGCCGCAGUGCGCGAUGCGGUGGCAGCUUCCGUGGAGGUUCUACCUGACAAAGACUUCUGUCAGGUGGUGGAGCUCGCAGUGCGCUUCGACUUUCCACUCCUGGCCCAGUGCCUCGUCGCCCCCAGCCUCCUCAGCAAGCGAAUCAAGUCGCCCGCCUGCGUGCACCGCAUGCUCAGCCUUGCCGAGGUCGCCAGCGUCCCCGUCAUGAUCGAUCUGCUCAGCGACGUGUUUGUGCGCCGUGCGACCCCCGCCCAGUGUUGCAUGGACUGGGUUAAGCUGAGACUCUGGCUCGUGGUCAACAUGCCGCUGCAGUGCAUCUACUCUGAGACUGCUCAUCUGACUGCUGUAUUCAAUGGGGGCCUGAAGAAGGUGGUACAGGCCUUGUGCAGUGCCGAGGCACAGACCAUGCUGUCGAACAUCAUGGCAGUUGUUGCCGCGCCAGAGCAGCCAUGCUGCCGAGUGAUUGCUGACAGGUGCUGCCCACCAGCGAGCACGCGCAUGGCAGCCGCGCGGCCGCCGCGGCGCGCCCACCGCCGCCGCAUCCAGCCCGCCCCCGCCCCGGCACGCCUGCUGCUGGCGGCGGCGGCCCUGGUGCUGGCCACGCUGGCCGCGCCUCGUCCCGCGUCCGCCGCCAUCGUCCCGGGGGACAAGGCCGCGCUGCUGGCGUUCAAGCAGGGCUUGACGGCUGAGGGCGGGGACCUGCUGUCCACCUGGGUGCCCGCCACAGACCCCUGCCUGGACGGCUGGACGGGGGUGCGCUGCAGCUGCCACGACUUCUUCGCAGCGCCGCAGGACGGCAACCAGUCGCAGGUGUGCACGCAGCCGGCCUCGCUGCCCGACGGCCGGCGCGUACUGCAGCUGAACUUUGGGGACCCUCGCAUCACUCAGUGGAACACGCUGACCGGCACCAUCUCGCCCGCCCUCGCCAACCUGUCGUCCCUGCGCGUGCUCAAUUUCCACGCCAACCACCUCUAUGGCUCGCUGCCGCCCCAGUUUGCCCGCCUGCGUGUGCUGGAGCAGCUGUGGCUGGGCGGCAACCGGCUGACCGGCUCGCUGCCGCCCUACCUGUCAGCCUUCCCUUUCCUGCGGUACGUGGCGCUGGACCACAACCAGUUCCAAGGCGCCCUGCCACAGCAGUGGUGCAGCGGCAGCUGGUGGCAGUUUGAUGUGGAGGGCAACGCGGGCCUGUGCGACGAGGUGCCCUCCUGCCUCUCCUCCCGCAUCGCCUCCUUUGCCGGCACCUCGCUGAUCGACUCCAUCAACAAUCAAGACAAGGGCAUGGGCGGCUACUGCGGCGUGGACCCGCCCACCUGCGAGCCCGACCUGGGCUGCCGCUUCCUGCGCCCCGACCCGCCCUUCUUCACCAACACAUCCUCCAUAUCGUUCGCCUUCUCAUCCUUCCACUCCCCUCUGGGGGGCGGGACCGUGCGGUACCGCUGGGCGCUGGGCACGACACGGUGGGGGCGGGACGUGCUGGACUGGCAGGAAUGGGCCGGCACCAACGCCACACAGACAGUGCUGACCCCCGCCGGCGGCGUGGUGAAGCGCGUGUACCAGGUGGAGUGGCCCCUCAACCAGAUCUCCCUCACACCAGGGCAGCAGUACUAUGUGACGGUACAGGGCAGCAACGACGCGGGCCAGCAGCUGGGCACAAUGCUGAGCAGCCAGCCGGUGGUGGCAGACACCACGCCGCCGUACCUUCCCGACGGCUCCUCCGUGUACAGCGGGCAGGAUUUCACCAACCAGGCGGUGCAGACUGAGGUGAAUGCGCUGGCGGCCUCCUGGGACCCCUUCCAGGACGACGAGACAGACGUGGCAUCCUACGGGUACCAGCUGGACUUUGACCCGGCUGCCCAGGGAGAGUUCCGCGUGUACGUGAUAAACCUGGACCUGCAGGACGGCUCCGCCUACUUCAUGCGCAUCUACGCCACCAAUGGGGCUGGUCUGGAGGGGUUCAGGGACGCCCCGCCCGUCACCAUCUCCUCCGCCGGCACCUGCUCCUCCUCCGCCGUCUCGGUGUCAAAGGUGGUCAUCCUGGUGGCUGUGUUUGUGGGGGCUGCCUCCGCGCUGGUGGCGCUGGUCACGUACUGGCUGAUGCGGGAGAGCAUGCGUCGCCACCAGGCGGCCCGCAAGCUGCAGCGCGGCCAGAUGAAGAACUUCAAGUACCUGAUGCAGAGCCUGGUGCAGCAGACGGGGGACGCGGAGCAGCGGCAGCUGGAGGAGCUGAAGCAGCUGCGGGAGCUAGCAUUCGUGAUCACAGACCUGGAGGCAUCCACCGCCAUCGCCGCCGCCGCGCCGCGCCAGUUCGAAAAGGUGCAAGAGAUGCAUGACAGCCUGAUGCGGGAGCUGAUCGGGCGGUACAACGGGUAUGAGAUCAACACCGAGGGGGACGCUUUCCAUGUGGCAUUCAAGGACGUGCAGCACGCGGUACUGUUCUGCAUGGAGGUGCAGUACCAGAUGAUGGAGCUGGAGUGGCCGCGCGAGGUGCUGCGCCUGGGGCCCUGCAAGGAGGCUAAGGCGCCGGACGGAUCGCUGGUGUACAGGGGCCCGCGCAUCCGCAUGGGCGUGCACUGGGCGGCGGAGGGCACGGUGGUGCAGCGCCUGCACCAGAUCACCAAGCACCGAGUCUUCACGGGGCCCGCCUUCCAGGUGACGCGCGAGCUGUGCGAGGCGGCGCACGGCGGCCAGGUGCUGCUGAGCCACGAGGGCUGGGUGCACCUGCGACAGGACAUGGCUACCGCCGGCUUCCCGGUGGUGGAGCAGCUGGGGCAGUACAAGGUGGAGUCGUGGCCGGCGCCCAUCUGGGUGUACCAGGUCACCCAGCUGCUGGGCCGCCCGCUGCACCGCCAGCCGGGCCCCCUCAACUUUUUGGAGGCGCUGGAGGCGGGGUGGGGCAUGUCCAUCACGCGCCCGCCCCAGCCCCACGGGCCCAAGGGCCACCUGUCGUUCGUGGCGGCGCGCCUGGCCCUGGAGGCGUGCCCCGGCGGCAGCAGCGGCACGGGGGAAGCGUCUCCGCCUGUGGCCAAGCGCCUGCACGAGGUGCUGGCCACGGUGGCCAUGCAGUUUGGCGGCUACAUCUUCCGCCUCAGCGAGUCGCAGGCCGCCUACCUGCUGUCCUUUGCCUCUGCCUCCGACGCCGUGCGCUUUUGCCACUCCGCCCAGGCGCUGCUCAUGUACAGUGCAUGGGGGCAGGACAGCCUGGACUUCUGCGGCAGGACAGAGCUGGCACCCGACGGCAAGCCUGUGUUCAAAGGGCCGCGGGUGGCCAUGGCGGUGCACCAGAGCUGCGAGUUCACCGCAGUCAGCGUCCCACGCCAGCAGGCGGCCGCCGACGACGUCACCACAGACUACCUGGGCACAGCGGUGGAGCGGGUGCAGCAGCUGAGCGAGGCGGCGCACGGCGGCCAGGUCAUUGUGUCGGAGAAGGCGUGGGCGGCAGUGCAGGACCAGCUGCCCGGCCAGCCGCACGUGGUCAGCCUAGGCAGCCACCUGCUGGAUCCGUCGCCCUCCUCGCCGCCGCUGCUGCUCAUGGAGGUCAUGCCGCAGGUGCUGCUGCGCCGCACCUUCCCGCCGCCCCGCACCCUGGGCAUGGUGGAGCCGGGCUACCGGGACGCCCCCGCCGCCGACGAGGCCGUGGCCUUUGUGUAUGUCAAGGUCAGCAAGCCCGCCGAGGUGGCGGAGGCGGAGCAGGUGCGGUCCGGUGUGAGUGACGACACCAUCCUGCGCGUUCUCACCGCGUACAACGUGGCGCUGGGCAAGGCCACCAAGCUGAUGCGGGGGCUGCUCAGGCAGUACAGGGGGUAUGAGUGCAAGGAGCCGGAGCCCGGCAAGCUAACCCUGGCCUUCCGCCAGCUGGAGGACGCGGUGGCCUGGGGAUGCGCUCUGCAGCAGGAGCUGCUGGGAUUCUCCUGGCCAGACACGGUGCUUGAGUGGGAUGAGUGCCGCGAGGUGCGCCACCACGACUCCACCAACCUGCUGUGGCGGGGGCUGCGCGGCUCCUUUGCCAGCAUCCGCACCCCUUCCCUCAAGCGCGGCGCCAGCUUGCAGCCCGGGUCUGGCGGGCGGGGGCGCCUGCGCGCGCACAUCCUGGCGCACGGCGCGGCGGCGGGGGGCCUGGGCAGCCGGCGGCACAGCGUGGAGGGGAUGGGGGUGGAGGAGGCGCACCUGGUGCAGUUUGGCGACGCGGCGCACGAGGCCAGGAGCUACAGCGUGGCCUCCAGCGGCGGCUCGCUCAUGCGCGGCGGCUGGCUGGGCGCGCUGGGGGCGCGCAUCUCGGGCGCGCUGGGCAGGCGCAGCGUGCAGUCGGGGCACCCCUCUGAGCUGGGGAGCCCGCGGUCGGCCACGCGGCUGCGGGAUGCCGCCGACUGGAGCUACCCCGGCAGCACACUGACCACCCCCACCACGCAGGCGGCCGGCGGCGGCAGCGAGGACCCCUGGGAUGCGGGGCUGGCUAUGGAGGCUGCCCUGGGUGGGGCUGAGGGGCUGGCGCCCGGAUCAUCGCAUCCGCCCCCCCCGCAGCGCCAGCUGUCCAGCGGGCUGCCGCCGCGCGGCCCGCCGCCGCCGCACCACCACCAGCACCGCGCCUCCAGCGCCAGCAGCGCGGCACUGGAUGCGGCGCUGGCCGGCGCCUCCAGCCGUGAGCCCAGCCAGGCGGGGCUGCUGCCCGCGGGGCGCACCAGCAGCAGCAGCAGCACGCCGGCCUUCCUGGAGGCGGUGGAGGCGGAGGGCAUAGUGGCGGCAGUGCAGGCGGCUGCAGCACACCCAGGCGCUGAAGUUGCCAGCACCGCAGCGAGCGGAGGCAGCGACAGCGGCAGCGGCAGUGUGGAGGCGCCGCCGGUGCCGGCGCUGGGCGUGCUGCCGCCCUGGCAGUCCCCUGCCCGCAUCGCGCCAGCGGCAGCGACC